GGAAGACGCUCUCACUUCUGCACCUGCUUCUCAGCUACAUGGUAUCAGGGAGCCCCGGUUGAGAACUUAUUACAUUAGCGUCUGACUGCGCCGCAUCAUGCUGUGGAUGAAGUGGAAGAUGGUGGUGGACUCCCUGCGUGGAAGGAGAAGGAGGCUGCCCUGUUCUCUCUGGUUCCUCCUGCUGUUCGCUGCUGGAGGUCUGGUUCUCUUCAUCCACCAGCAAGAUCUGUCAGAGAUGGUCCAGCAACAAGGCCCAGGCGUGAAGCUUGGAAGCACUCCACGGCAGUCCAGAGAGACUCUUUCCACUCAGGACAGAGAGAAAAGCAAAUCAGACAAUUACCCGGACCACCAAACAGCAGAGGGCAUCUUGUCCAGCCCAAUCCCUCCAAUGCAGUUCCCACACUUUGAGAAGAGCAGAGAGACAGCCAUUCCAGGGUCUCGAGAGCAGGACAUAGGUUCCCUUCAUGUCUCCAAAAGACACCGCAAACUGCUGAAAACAAGUCCCCCCAUCAGCCACACCAACAGUAAUGUUUCCUCAUCCUCUUCUUCCUCCUUAUCUUCAAUUUCCUCCUCCUCUGCCUCAGGCUCCUUUUCCCCUGAGAGCUGGAAAAAGCUCUCCGACAUCCUGGAAGCCCGUCGGCAACUGAUGAAGGAGAUGUGUGCUAAGUACAAAAGCAGCAUCUCCAGGACCAUCACACGUCAUCACGUGAAACACCUCUUUGUGGAGGACAAGUACAAGUUGUUGUACUGCCAGGUGCCCAAGGCAGGCUGUUCCAACUGGAAGAGGACCCUGAUGGUGCUAGCAGGCCAGGCUGCCAAUACUCAGAGCAUUAAGCAUGACACAGUCCACUAUGGCCACCAUCUCAAGAAGCUUGACAGCUUUGACCGACAGGGAAUCAUGCACCGACUGGAAACCUACACUAAAGUCAUGUUUGUCCGAGAACCUCUGGAGCGGAUGGUGUCAGCUUAUAGGGACAAGUUUGAAAAUCCAAACAACUACUAUCACUCGCUGUUUGGGAAACCCAUCAUCUCCAAGUACAGGGUAAACCCGUCCUGGACAGCCCUGAAGACAGGCAGCGGGGUCACAUUCAAGGAGUUUGUCCAGUACCUACUGGAUGUCCACCGGCCCGUAGGAAUGGACAUCCACUGGGAGCAGGCGAACCAGCUGUGCAACCCUUGUCUCAUAGACUACGACUUCAUCGGCAAGUUUGAGAACAUGGAAGAAGAGUCCAACUUUCUCCUGCGAUGGACUGGGGCACCACCCAACCUCACCCUGCCUAGUUUUAAAGACAGGAACCCAACUGACAAGAGGACCUCUAUGCAGAUCACACAAAAAUACUUCUCACAGGUCAGUUUGUUGGAGAGACAACGAGUCUAUGAUUUCUACUACAUGGACUAUUUGAUGUUUAACUACUCCAAGCCUUUUAAAGAUUUAUAUUGA